AUGAAUCAAGCGAAUUUUGUUCAGGGGAGGAAAAUCUUGGAGAAUAUACUUCUUGCUCACGAACUAGUGAAGUGUACCCAGAAGUUAUCCAGUACCACAAAUACGAGAAUAUACUCCUUUGUAUUGAGUUGUGUGAAAGAGAAAAGAUGGGUGGUAUUCAAGAGGGAGGAGGACCCAACCUCUAUUCCAGUUGAGUGGAUAUGUUGGCUCAACGGACAGCGGAAAAGGGCUCCAACACCGGAGGAACUGAUGGAUUUGGAAGCAAGACGUGAACGUGUCCGGCAGAAUGUUGCUCUUCUAAAGAAAGAAGAAGAGGAAAGGAAAGCAAGAGAAGGCAGUGCACGUAAAGUCAUCAACACUGAUAAAGUUGGAGGUCCAGAUUUGAAAAGUUUCAUUCGGCAAUUUGGUGAUCCUUCUGAAGGUGAUGAAAAUCAGGAAGAAUCUGUUUCGAUGGAAGGAGUGAGGAACUCCAAAGAGAAAGAAGCUAAAAAAGCAAAACAAGAUCCUGAGUCUACAGAGCCAACAGGAUCUGGUCAAACAUUCAGGCCAGGAACAUGGCAGCCACCAACAUGA